GGGGCUCUGAGGGGGUUACGGGGGGGGGUCGGCCAUGUCGGACACCUGGAGCUCCAUCCAGGCCCAUAAGAAGCAGUUGGAUUCGCUGCGGGAGCGGCUGCAGCGGCGGAGGAAGCAGGACCCGCUCGACCCCCGACACACCGACCCCUCUCAGCCCCCCCCUCCCCUCCCCACCCACCCACCCCCUUUCCUCCCCCCCGGUUCCGUGGGAAGCUCCAUCCCCACACCUGGGGGGGUCGGGGGGGGCUCUGCCAACCCCUCUACGGAUGGGGGGGGUCCGGAAUUGGCCCCCGACCCGGCCUUGGAGCGUCGGUUGCUGCUUCACCUCGCCGACGUCGCCCUCCCUUUGCCCACCGAUGCCGGAGCAAUCCGGGGGGCCAUCGAUACGCCCGAAACGCCGGCGACGCAGCGCAUGGUGGAGAGCCUCCUCCAGAAGUUCGCCGCUCAGGAGCUGAUCGAGGUGCGCCGGGGGCUGCUGGCCGAAGGUCCCACCAUCGUCACCUACGCCGACCACUCCAAACUGGCGGCCAUGACGGGCGCCGAACGCGGCGGUGACGGCGACGCCGACGUCACCGGGAGGAAACGGCGGGCAGAGCAGGACAACCCCGGCGGCGUCGGCUCGGCCGGCGCCGAAACGGGGAAGGAGAUGGUGAAGAAAUCCCGUAAGCAGGCGUCCGACGUGGACCUGGAGAUCGAGAGUCUGCUCAGCCAGCAGUCCACCAAGGAGCAGCAGAGCAAAAAAGUGAGCCAGGAGAUCCUGGAGCUGCUCAACACCACCACGGCCAAGGAGCAAUCCAUCGUGGAGAAGUUCCGGUCGCGGGGCCGGGCCCAGGUGCAGGAAUUCUGCGACCACGGGACCAAAGAGGAGUGCAUCAAAGCCACCGGAGCCGACCGGCCCUGCAGGAAGCUGCACUUCCGGCGCAUCAUCAACAAGCACACGGACGAAUCCCUGGGCGAUUGCUCCUUCCUCAACACCUGCUUCCACAUGGACACCUGCAAAUACGUCCACUAUGAGAUCGACGCUUGCACCGAGCCGACCGGCGAGGCCACCGCGCCACCGGGCCGCGAGCACGGCCAGGAGCUGGCCAGGCCACAGCCCGACGCCGGGGCCGACCGCCUGUUCCCUCCCCAGUGGAUCUGCUGUGACAUCCGUUACCUGGACGUCAGCAUCCUGGGUAAGUUCGCCGUGGUGAUGGCGGACCCUCCAUGGGACAUCCACAUGGAGCUGCCCUACGGCACGCUGACCGACGACGAGAUGAGGCGCCUCAACAUCCCCGUCCUGCAGGACGAAGGCUUCCUCUUCCUCUGGGUCACCGGCAGAGCCAUGGAGUUGGGACGGGAAUGCCUGAACCUUUGGGGCUACGAACGCGUGGAUGAGAUCAUCUGGGUGAAAACCAACCAACUGCAGCGCAUCAUCCGCACGGGACGCACCGGCCAUUGGCUCAACCACGGCAAGGAACACUGCCUGGUCGGCGUGAAGGGCAACCCGCAAGGCUUCAACCGCGGCCUCGACUGCGACGUCAUCGUGGCCGAGGUUCGCUCCACCAGCCACAAACCCGACGAGAUCUACGGGAUGAUCGAACGCCUCUCCCCCGGCACGCGGAAGAUCGAACUCUUCGGCCGACCCCACAACGUCCAACCAAAUUGGAUCACUUUAGGCAACCAAUUGGAUGGGAUCCACCUCCUGGACCCCGACGUGGUGGCGCAGUUUAAGCAGCACUACCCGGAUGGGAUCAUCUCCAAACCCAAAAAUAUGUAAUUUUAACCUCACCGUUUUGGGGCAAACGACCUAAAAAUGAUUAUUUUAACCCCCCCUCCUCCCCACCGUCAAAAAAAAGACAUUUCCCAGCCGCUUUUUGGGGUAAAAAAGCACUAAAAACGCUCAACUUGAGGGCCAAUGACGACGCGAAGCCUUUUUUUUUCGGUUGGAUUUUAAUAGAAAUGACCCAAAUUUGCUCUUUU